CAUCUUACCACCAACUUUACGAGGGUUGUAGACUGCUAGCGUCCUCCCUUCUGUCAAUACUAUUUGAAUAUGGCUUCUCCUGAUGUUCAUGGGUUUCUGGUUGGUGUUCCUAUUACCUGCCAUGCCUUUAACGCUGACCGCACUCAGGUUGCUGUGAGUCCCAACAACAACAUUGUCAACAUCUACCACAAGACUGGAACUGGCUGGACUCUUGCUCAUGUGCUGACUGAUCAUGAUAAACUGGUUACAUGUGUCGACUGGUCUCAGAAAACCAACAGGAUUGUGACCUGCUCUCAGGACCGAAAUGCCUAUGUUUGGACAUGGGAAGCAUCUGUUCAACAGUGGAAACCCACCCUUGUUUUGCUCCGUAUUAACAGAGCAGCAACGUUUGUUCGUUGGAGUCCGCUGGAUAAUAAGUUUGCUGUUGCUUCUGGUGCUCGUCUAAUCUCCAUCUGCUAUUUUGAGAGCGAAAACAACUGGUGGGUUUCCAAGCAUAUCAAAAAACCAAUUCGCUCGACUGUUUUGUCUCUGGAUUGGCAUCCUGACAAUAUUCUCAUUGUUGCCGGAUCUGCUGAUAUGAAGGCUCGCGUGUUUUCUGCCUGGAUCAAGGGCAUUGACGCAAAAGCUUCCAAUGCAGUAUGGGGUGAAAAACUUCCAUUUGGUACAAUCUGUGGCGAGUUUCCUGCUGGUGGAUGGGUCCAUGGUGUUGCCUUUUCACCAAGCGGAAAUGCCAUUGCCUAUACCAGCCAUGAUUCGACUAUUACUAUUGCCAAUGGUCCAACGGCUCCGCUUCAAACAGUCGUUACCAUGAAUCUGCCAUUUGUAACGCUUUUUUUUGCUUCAGAGCAUGUAAUUGUGGCUGCCGGUCACGAUUGUGCACCUUAUCUGGUUGUGUUUAAAGGCACACAUUGGGAACUUUCUGAAAAGAUUGACGCUGGACGCAAAAAGAGCGUAUCUGGUAAUUCUGCAUUCAACAAGUUCCGUCAAAUGGACAGUCGCGCUCAAGCCACUACAGACACAGAACUGAUGACGACUCAUCAAAAUACAAUUACUUCUGUUCGUCCUUAUUCCGGUACCGAGCAAAAUGUCAGCAAGUUUACUUCUACUGGUGUAGAUGGAAAACUUGUCAUUUGGGAUCUUUUAUCUGCUGGUAUUGCUGGCUUACGUCUGUGAGGACUGCCUGAAUACUCGGCUUAUUCUUUUCAGAUGGUAUUAAAGAUUCAAGAAUAAACAAUGGACUCGACUUUGCAAAGUGUUGAGAAACCC